UUCCGGUUCAGAGGUCAUAGUUAAGAAAGGUCAAUGUGUCCUUCCACACGUGUGUCCUGUGAGCUUCCAGAAGCAGAGACGAGGAGCUAGCCGGCUGCUGUGUGCUGUGUCAACUUGUUGUAUUCCGUCGUUACACACCUUCACGUUUCGUUACAGUCAUGCUGAAGUCCGUAGUCCGUGUGGUGGGAGCCGCUGUUCGCAUUUCUUCAGCCUCGACGUCCACAGCCCGAGCGAUGCCACUCAGCUGCCCGACACUGUGCUCUCCGAGCUCGGCAACAACUCGGCCCUUCACCCGGUCUCUUUGGAUGCUGAAUAGCAAAGGAGCCUCGUCGGACUACCGGCCCAAACUGUUCAGUUCAAAGGCGUUGAAUCCCUUGGUGUCGUGUGGAUGUGGAGCACUGCACACGGAAGGUGACAAAGCAUUUGGCGCUUUCCUGUCUGAUGAAAUCAAAGAGGAGGCAAAGAUCCAGAAAAGCACAACCCUCCCUAAGAUGUCUGGAGGAUGGGAGCUGGAGAUGAACGGCACGGAGGCCAAACUCACGAGGAAUGUUGCUGGAGAAAAAAUCACUGUCACAUUCAAUGUCAACAACAGUAUCCCUCCGAACUUUGAGGAGGAGGAGGAGGCGGCGGCAGAUCAAGGACAGCCGAAGUCGGCAGCAGCAGCAGAAGAAGAGGAAGAUAUUGUCUCGACGCCCAACUUUGUUGUCGAAGUAACAAAACAGGCUGCAAAACAUUCCCUUGUGUUUGACUGCCACUUCCCUGAAGACGAGAUGAGUCACGGUGAAGGAGAGGAGGAGAGCGACAUCUUCGCCAUUCGGGAGGUCAGCUUCCAGCCCGAAGGCGAGACCGACUGGAAGGAGACCAGCUACACGCUCAGCACAGACUCGCUGGACUGGGCCCUGUACGACCACCUGAUGGACUUCCUGGCCGACCGGGGGAUCGACAACACCUUCGCUGAUGAGCUGAUGGAGCUGAGCACUGCCGCCGAGCACCAAGCGUACAUCAAGUUCCUGGAAGACCUCCAAGGCUUUGUCAAGUGUAACUAAUGCUAGAUAGAUGCUGGAAUUCACUUUUUCUUCCAUACGCGUCCCGGCGUAGUCGGAGGUAUGAGACUCCAGUAGUGUUGCAAGAGACUGAUGAUCACUUGCUUUCGUGUCUGUGGCAUGUUGCCAGCAGUUGUCACAUUUGGCUGCGAUCGUGUUCUCCUUAUUUAAAUGUGAUGUUAUUUUUCUGUAAGUUAAAUGAGAGUUUUAAAUUAAAUAUACAAAGGUCAUGACUGUGCAGAAACCAUCUUUGUUCCCGUAUUAACUGGAGCCCUUUGACGUGCUGGAGUCCAUAUUUGGGAAUAUCCUAAAGCCAACAAAGAGAUAUUUCCGUCAGUGUGUGAACUCCAAAACAAAACAUAAAACUCCAUGAAAAUGAGACUGAUUACAUAAUUAGUGUGAAACAGCGUCUGGUUUUACAGCUUGAGUCUUCUUGCCUCUCACUGGCUUGUAAGGGAGUUCACUUUGACUGUUUUGACUCUGACCAUAAAAUGUGAAGUAUAAUUAUGAAUGGCAUUCAUUAGGAUGUCUUCAAAGAAUGUGAGAACAGUGUCCAAUAAAACAGUUUGAUAAUAA